AUGUGGAGUAUCGGAUGCAUAUUUGCGGAGUUGAUUACAUUGCAACCACUGUUUCCUGGAAGUUCUGAGUGUGAUCAGCUAUUCAGAAUAUUCGAGGGUUUGGGAACACCUACAGACACAACUUGGCCCGGCUACUGUGAAUUACCUUUUGGUAAAUUUACGUUUAAAAAGCAUCCAACAGGCCGACUGCGGGAAACAUUAAGUAAUCUACUUUCCGAAGAUGGGCUAUCGCUACUGCAAGAAUUUAUAUUACUAGAUCAAGUUCGAAGAGUGACAGCAGAUGCCGCUUUGAAUCAUCCAUAUUUCGAAGAAGAACCGGUGGCGAUGGAGCCCGCCAUGUUCCUGCCGUCGCUGUGGGCAGAGUAUGUCGAGCAGAACUCCAGCUUCGAGACAGGAGAUAACGAGAAAGACAUAAAUACGGAGAGAAAACAAUAA